AUGUCCAGCAUUUUAAAUCGAAUAUUGUGGGGUAGAGAUCCAGAUAAACCUAAUCCUAUGAGCGGUCUUACACCAAGAGAUAUUUAUGCAGUUCAGCGUUCUUGGGCUGUAAUGUAUGCAGAAGCAGGGAAAUACGGGCUUGAACUCUUUAUAAGAUUAUUCCGCUUGAAUCCUGUCACAAAAACUUACUUUAGGACAAUUAAGGACAUGAAUGAGGAACAGCUAUCGAAGAGUUUUCAGUUUAAAGCUCACGCCAUCAAUCUGAUGUCAUCAAUCAACACAGCAGUAACAAAUCUCAAUCAACCGGAGGUCGUGAUAGCUUUGAUGAACAAAUUGGGAGAAACUCAUAAAAAACGGCGCGUUGAAAAGUCCCAUUUUGAAGAUGUUAAAGCAGUACUGGUGGACAUACUUCGAAACGAUUUAAAAUUAACAGACGAUGUUAUUAGCUCCUGGGCGAAAUUUGUAACUUUUAUUUAUAAGCAUAUUUUCGAUGUAUUGGACGAUAAACAAAUCUCCAAUGAGUAA